AUGGGUACCCGGGCUAUAAAGAAGACCCCUUGGAUGCAUACCAUAAUAUGCCGGAUAGGCCCAGCGAAGAAAUCGAACUGGACCCCAUCGUAUACCCCUUUAAAGAACCUGGAAGAAAUUACGAUUCCUCUAAAUACAGUCCAAGCUCCUACCAAGCAAUACGCUAAGGAAAUCAUAACCAACAAGACCUCACAAGGAGAAGUAUUAACGAUGGGUCAGAGAACGUCAACACAGGUAGACAAGCUAGCUGAAGUAUUUAAGAAAGGGCUAAAUAUCAAGUCACCUGAAGCUCAGACUACAACCCUCGAGGCGCUAUUGAAGGACAUGAUAGAAGUACACGAAAGACAUAUGACAUUGUUCAACGAAAGCAAUGCUGUAUCAGCAGCAUCAGCAAAACGCACUUCGACGGAAAAACAAGAGUCCAAUGAUGAUGAGCAUGGUCAAGAGACUGAUAAUGAGGAAGAAGACGAAUCUCCUGUACAACGUGACAUGGGUAAAAAAAAGAACUUAAAGUUCACGAUUGGGUUGUACAACACCACAAUCUUAAACAUGUUAGCGAACGACCUACUCUACGAGAUGCCCAAGCAAAAGGAAUUGAUCAUCACAAACUCAGGGAGAUAA